GACUGCUGGACCGCUUCUGCCAGGACCGGACCGAUCCGGACCGCAAAAACGCGACGAAUAUUUGGGGUUUUACAAUCUCCCACUCUCUUUUCUCUUCCACUGGUUGAGAUCCGUCUCCGAAAUUGGAAGCAUCCAUGGAAGUAGUUGCUUCGGCUCCGGGAAAGGUUUUGAUCACCGGGGGAUACCUCGUCUUGGAGAGGCCGAACGCGGGGAUCGUUCUCAGCACCAACGCGCGAUUCUACGCGAUCGUGAAGCCGAUCUACGAUGAGGUCAAGCCCGAGAGUUGGGCGUGGGCGUGGACAGAUGUAAAAGUGACAUCCCCUCAACUGUCUAGAGUGACCACCUACAAGUUGUCACUGAAGAAGUCAACCCUCCAAUCCACCUCUUCAAGGGACUCGGCAAAUCCUUUUGUUGAACAAGCAGUACAGUAUGCUGUAGCAGCGUCUAAAGUAAUACUCAUUGAAAGGGAGAAGAAGGAUAUAUUGGAUAAACUGCUUUUGCAAGGUUUGAACAUUACGAUCCUAGGUUGCAAUGAUUUCUACUCUUAUCGAAAUCAGAUUGAAGCACGUGGGCUUCCUCUUACCCCUGAUGUACUGGCUUCUAUCCCACCCUUCUCCUCCAUAACAUUUAACUCGGAGGUCCGCAAUGGAAAUAUGGCUGGAGAGAAAUGCAAACCCGAAGUGGCCAAAACUGGACUUGGCUCAUCAGCUGCAAUGACCACAUCUGUGGUUGCAGCAUUACUACACUAUCUUGGAGUUGUUACUCUCCCUUCAACUGACGAGAAGGCAACUGCUGUGGAUCUCGACUUGGUACAUGUUAUUUCUCAAAGUGCCCACUGUAUAGCUCAAGGAAAAGUAGGCAGUGGUUUUGAUGUCAGUGCUGCUGUCUAUGGAAGUCAACGGUACAUUAGGUUUUCUCCCGAAGUUCUCUCUUCAUCACAGGCUAUGGGUGGAAAGCAUUUGCCAGAUGUGGUUGCUGAUAUUCUCAAGCAAAAGUGGAAUCAUGAGAAUUUUCAGUUUUCUUUGCCUCCAUUGCUGACCCUUCUACUAGGGGAGCCCGGUACUGGAGGUUCAUCUACCCCAUCAAUGGUGGGCUCUGUCAAAAAGUGGCAAAAGUCUGAGCCUCAAAAGUCCCUAGAGACAUGGCAAAAGUUGGGCAUUGCUAAUUCAAUGCUGGAGACACAACUUAAACAGUUAAGUAAAUUUGCAGAAGAUCACUGGGAGACCUACAAACAUACUAUAGGCACUUGCAGUGGUCAUGCUCAUGGAAAGUGGUUGGAACAAGCUGUUGAUCAAUUUGGAGAAUCAAUUGUAAAGUCUUUGUUGGGAGCAAGGAAUGCUUUUGUUGAGAUCAGGUCUCACAUGCGACAGAUGGGCAAUGCAGCUGGUGUUCCAAUAGAACCGGAGUCGCAAACUCAACUGUUGGACACCACUAUGGAAAUGGAGGGAGUGCUGUUAGCAGGAGUCCCCGGAGCAGGUGGCUUUGAUGCUGUUUUCGCGAUUAUUUUGGGUGAAGCAAGUAAUGCAGUAGCCAAAGCUUGGAGCUCGCUAGGAGUUCUUCCCCUCUUAGUUAGGGAAGACCCUCGUGGCGUUUCGUUGGAAAGUGGCGACCCAAGAGCAAGAGAAGUAUCGGCCGCUAUUUCUUCUAUUCAGAUUGGUUGAGCCUCCAGCCUGUUUUAUUGUACUUUUAUAUUUAGUUUUGUGAUUAUCAUUUGACUCAUUCUGCGAUUGCAUUGCUGUACAUUGAAUAACUAGUGAAAAUAAAAAGCAGUGCCUAGAGAGUAAAAAUAUGGUUUCUUUUCUGUUCUUUUCUUUUAAUCGAUUGUUCUAUAGACAUCGUUGUCAAGCAAGCAGCAAACUCCUUAUUUGUUUUUUA